ACAGGUUCGCUCUGUCUGUCCCCGUCCUGAGUGACUGACAGCUGGGGGAGCCUCCGCCCAGAACCGCCGCCGCCGCCGCCGCCUCCACCAGCGCGUCUGUCCGGGGCUGCCAGCCGAGUCCAGCCGCCACCGAGGCUGCAGACAUGACCGACAACAUCCCGCUCCAGCCCGUGAGACGACCGAAGAGACACGACGGCAAACACAGUAAUGGGUGCUGCCCGUGGUCGAGGUGCUGUGGCAUGGGGGACUUCCGUCCCCGCACCGUUUGGCUUGGCCACCCAGAAAAGAGGGAGCAGAGGUACCCCAGGAAUGUCAUUAACAACCAGAAGUACAACUUCUUCACCUUCCUGCCUGCGGUGCUGUACAAUGAGUACAAAUACUUCUUCAACUUGUACUUUUUGCUUCUGGCUUGCUCUCAAUUCAUUGAAGCGCUACGCUUGGGGGCCCUCUACACCUACUGGGUCCCUUUGGGUCUUGUGCUGAUUGUCACCAUCAUGAGAGAGGCAGUUGAAGAAAUAAGAUGCUAUCUUCGAGACAAAGAAGUGAACUCUCAGAUUUACAGCAAGCUCUCAACAAGAGGUACAGUGAAGGUUAAAAGCAGUGGAAUUCAAGUGGGAGACCUUAUAAUCGUGGAGAAGAACCAGCGUGUUCCUGCUGACAUGAUCUUUUUAAGGACCUCUGAAAGAAAUGGCUCCUGUUUCCUGCGGACUGACCAACUGGACGGAGAGACGGAUUGGAAACUACGCCUCCCAGUGGCCUGCACGCAGAGACUGCCAACUGCUGCUGACCUUCUCCAAAUCAGAUCAUACGUUUACGCCGAAGAGCCGAAUAUUGACAUCCAUAACUUCAUCGGAACUUUUACCAGGGAAGAUGGAGAUCCCCCAGUCAACGAAAGUCUCAGCAUUGAGAACACCCUGUGGGCCAGCACCGUUGUUGCCUCUGGCACGGUGGUGGGGGUUGUGAUUUACACAGGAAAAGAGCUGCGCAGUGUCAUGAACACCUCCAACCCAAGGCACAAGGUGGGUUUGUUUGACCUGGAGGUGAACUGUUUGACUAAGAUUCUGUUCGUGGCCCUGGUUGUGGUGUCACUGGUCAUGGUAGCCCUCCAGCACUUCGCCGGCCGUUGGUACCUCCAGAUAUUUCGCUUCCUGCUGCUCUUCUCUCACAUUGUGCCCAUCAGCUUGCGUGUCAAUCUGGAUAUGGGAAAGAUGGUUUUCAGUUGGAUGAUUAAGAAAGACUCCAAGAUCCCUGGGACGUUGGUGAGGGCGAGCACCAUACCUGAGCAGCUCGGACGCAUCUCCUACCUGCUGACUGACAAAACAGGGACUCUCACCCAAAAUGAAAUGGUGUUCCGGCGGCUCCACCUUGGAACUGUGGCCUACGGGAUGGACUCAAUGGAUGAAGUACAGAGUCACGUGUUUACCGCCUACACACAGUCCGCCCAUGACCUUCCAGCCUCCUGGGCUCCGGCAGCCACUAAGGUCCGCAAGACCAUCAGCAGCAGAGUUCAUGAGGCUGUAAAGGCCAUCGCCCUGGUGCACAACGUGACACCAGUGUACGAGUCCAACGGGGUGACGGACCAGGCCGAGGCUGAGCAGCAUUAUGAAGACACGUGCAGAGUCUACCAGGCGUCCAGCCCCGAUGAGGUGUCGCUGGUGCAGUGGACUGAGAGCGUCGGGCUCACGCUUGUGGGACGAGACCAGUCCUCCAUGCAGCUGCGGACCCCUACUGGCCAAAUCCUGAACUUCACCAUCCUGCAGAUAUUCCCCUUCACGUAUGAGAGCAAGAGGAUGGGCAUCAUCGUGCGAGAUGAAUCAACAGGGGAGAUCACGUUCUAUAUGAAGGGUGCUGAUGUGGUGAUGGCAGGCAUCGUCCAGUACAACGACUGGCUGGAGGAGGAGUGCGGAAACAUGGCGAGGGAAGGUCUGAGGGUCCUUGUGGUCUCCAAGAAAUCCCUGACUGAGGAGCAGUAUCAGGAUUUCGAGGCGCGGUAUGUCCAGGCCAAGCUCAGUGUCCAUGACCGCUCUCUGAAGGUGGCCACGGUGAUUGAGAGUCUGGAGAUGGAGAUGGAGCUGCUGUGUCUGACGGGGGUAGAGGACCAGCUCCAGGCCGACGUCAGGCCCACCCUGGAGAUCCUGCGCAAUGCAGGCAUUAAGGUGUGGAUGCUGACAGGGGACAAGCUUGAAACUGCCACGUGCACCGCGAAGAAUGCCCAUCUGAUCACCCGCAACCAGGACAUCCACAUCUUCAGACCCGUGACAACACGAGGGGAAGCCCACCUGGAGCUCAACGCUUUCAGGAGAAAACACGACUGCGCUCUGGUGAUAUCAGGGGACUCGCUUGAGGUUUGUUUGAAGUACUAUGAGUAUGAGUUCAUGGAGCUUGCGUGCCAGUGUCCCGCUGUGGUUUGCUGCCGAUGUACACCCACUCAGAAGGCACAGAUCGUGCGGCUGCUGCAGGAGCGCACAAACAAGCUCACCUGCGCUGUCGGGGACGGAGGAAACGAUGUCAGCAUGAUCCAGGAAGCCGACUGUGGCGUGGGAGUGGAGGGAAAAGAAGGAAAGCAGGCCUCCUUGGCUGCCGACUUCUCCGUGACUCAGUUCAAACACUUGGGUCGUCUGCUCAUGGUGCACGGUCGGAACAGCUACAAAAGGUCCGCAGCCCUCAGCCAGUUUGUCAUCCACAGGAGUCUGUGCAUCAGCACCAUGCAGGCUGUUUUCUCCUCUGUUUUCUACUUUGCCUCGGUCCCUCUCUACCAAGGAUUUCUGAUUAUCGGCUACUCCACCAUCUACACCAUGUUCCCCGUCUUCUCCCUGGUGUUGGACAAGGACGUUGAAUCAGAGGUUGCCAUGUUGUACCCGGAGUUAUACAAAGAUCUCUUGAAGGGUCGACCUCUGUCUUUCAAGACAUUUCUAAUAUGGGUCCUCAUAAGUAUCUAUCAAGGGAGCAUCAUCAUGUACGGGGCGCUGCUGCUCUUCGAGUCAGAGUUCGUCCAUAUCGUGGCCAUUUCCUUCACCUCCCUGAUCCUGACGGAGCUGCUGAUGGUCGCCCUGACCAUUCAGACGUGGCACUGGCUCAUGAUCGUCGGCGAGCUCCUGAGCUUGGCCUGUUAUGUGGCCUCGCUCGUCUUCCUGCACGACUUCAUCGACAUCUACUUCAUCGCCACCGUGUCGUUCCUGUGGAAGGUGACCGUCAUCACGCUCGUGAGCUGCCUGCCCCUGUACAUCCUCAAGUACCUGCGGAGACGCUUCUCCCCGCCCAGCUACUCCAAACUGACCACUUAAAGAGCGCGAGCAGCCGCGGGCCUCGUUCAAACACAGGUGGCCCCACCCCACCCCACCCCCGCCUGCACGUACGACCAGAGAAUCGAACAUGGAUUCAUCCCCUCUAAUUUCUUCUGAAAAAGUUCUCCUCGGAGAUGUGACGGACGGACAGAGCUUUUUUCUUCAGGGGCAGGUUGUUUCUCGAGUUUGUGUUAACAAGCAGUGUUACUUGCUUCAUGUGUCCGAUGCAAAGAUUAACUGACGGCUGCUUGUUUUGAUUAUGUGUUAGUCUGAAAAGCUGCAGACGUAAAAAAAAAAAAUUAAAAAAAAUUCGAUGUAAUGAAACAGAUUGAGACUCCGAAUGAGGGAAGUAAAUUAUGUGGGUCGAGUUUGUUUCACAUCGGAGAGAAGUGGAAAAGUCUCACUCAGUUUGUUUCGAUGUGUCAUCUGGGCUGGAAGAUAAUUCUCUCUAAUUUCUAGUUGCACCUAAAUAGUAAAGUCGUUUUUAUUAUUAGACUCUGAAAGUGACGUCUGGUUCUCACUCAGGACCUGAUUCACCGUCUCCUUAAAGAGGGCUUUGAUAAAUUACACGGUAAAAAAAAGUUUACUGGCUAGACUUUGCAUAAAACACACGUCUGCAAGUUUGUGUGUUUGUUUAUGCGUCACCCCGAUGCUGCAGCCCGACGCGGCGGAGGAGGUGCGGCUGUUUAUUUUCGAGUGACCUGUGGUGUCUGAUGUUAAAUCUGUCUUUGUGUUUCUGCACGGGCUCCGGAGUUUGUCGUGUUUGUGAAGCGCGGUCAAAACAGCCACGGAGGAGCGUCGGGGUUAUUUGCAGCCGAGCCUCCGGGAGCGGGGCCCCCGGGGCGGCUGUGCGCCCGCAGAGGAAUUUGCCGCCUCUCAUGUGGCCGCUCCGCACCGGCCACGCUUCAGCAUUGCAUGAUGACUCACUGUAACGGUGACCUAAAGCCAUAACUGAAAAUACCCCUGUGACCAUUGUCCAGCUGCCCCCCCCGCCCCUCCCUCUUCUCCUCCUUCAUGUCGUCCAAUGUCCCCGAUGUCCUCACUGAUACUAACCUUCACAGUUCAGCUGUGAAAUAAAAACGCGGAUCAAAUGGAGACUAACAACGUGAUUUUGUUAUUUAUUCCGACUGCACAUUGAGAAGAAACCGAACGGUUCGUUACGUCGGUAUUUUCACUCGUCACGUUUCCUUUCACUGUAAAUAAUGAGCGGCUCGUCCGAUCACAUGACCACGUGCUCCUUCAGGUCAAAGUUCAAAACGAAUCUCAUCGUUCUUCAGACAGAAAAUCGAACUUUUAAUCACCACUUUGUUUGUUUGCACAGGAUUUUGACUGAUUUAUUUUUUAUGUUACGUGAUAGAAAUGACAAAUAACACGAUUGCUUGUACAUAACCAUUUUUUUUAUUUAUUAACCUGUUUUAUUUAAUGCUGUCGAUUCCACUGAAUGAAAAAAAGGGAGAAUUGUGUUGAUGUCAAUGUUGUGAUGACGAUUAAUAAAUCUCAUGUUUUCUUUUCUCACUGCAGUUUUUCUUCUUCUGUGGUUUCAUGUCAGUUUUUUGUCCAACAUAUUGUCAGAAACUGUUUUUCUGUCCGAUUGUCAGUGAGAUUACUCAAAAACUCCACGAAACCUGGUGGAAGGAUGUGACACGACAUUGGACCAAGAAAGAAUUCAUUAGGUUUCGACACAGAUUCGGACGAAGGAGGUAGAUUUUAUUUCAGUUUUUAUUUUCGUUUUGUCAGAAUCAGGUCAUUGCAGGUUUUGUUCUCUUUAGGAUUUUUUUUUUUUUUUUGACAAUGAAAU